AUAGCUGGCAAUAAUGUGCCAAUAACUGAGUUGGGCAUGUAAACAACCCCAAAAAGAAGACACUUCACUUAGUGUAUAGGAUUGCAGGGACUGUUAUUAGGCAAAAAUGGGUAAGAUUUGUUGCUACCUUUUUUUGUGUGUCAUGCUUUUGUUAAAUUUCUCAUGAAAUCAAUGUUUAGCCACUGAUUAGUUUCCAUCAGCCAAUGUUGGCUCUGUGUUAGCAUUUAAAGAGCUAGGUGGGAUGUUGUCAAUUUAUAAUUUCCUAUGAAUGCAUUUUAAAUUAUUUGGGUGUUCUGAGGUAAACCAGAUUAACAAUUGCUAUCCAGGGAAUGUGUAAAAGACAGAUGUCACUGUAUGCUAGCUACUUCAAUGACCUCUUCUGUCUCCUCGUAUUGCAUUGUUAUUCAGGAAAAUAACUUGCUGACCUGUGAAAGUGAAUGCAUACCAGACAGUGCUAUUAUAGCAAGGCCUUUAGUAAUAUGCAUUGAGCAGACCUGUCACCUGACAUUGGUAUUUUGUCCUUAAAAGUUAUGUCUGUAUAGUUUGAUCAAUGUUAUGAGUAAAGUAUGACCACUAUAAUUUUCUCUAUCCCUCCUGCCUUGUUAAAUCUAGGUGGGUUCUUCUCCAGUCUCUUUUCUGGCCUGUUUGGCACCAGGGAAAUAAGGAUACAGAUCCUGGGGUUGGAUGGAGCUGGGAAAACUACAAUCCUUAACAGACUUCAAGUUGGGGAGGUCGUCACCACUAUUCCUACCAUUGGCGUCAAUGUGGAAACGGGAACAUACAAGAAUCUGACAUUCCAGGUGUGGGAUCUUGUAGGGCAGACCAGUAUUAGGCCUUACUGGCACUGCUACUACUCCAACACUGAUGCUGUUAUCUAUGUAGUGGACAGCAGUGACCAGGACAGGAUGGGAAUUUCCAAGUCUGAACUGGUGGCUAUGCUUGAGGUAUGA